CUACGCCCGUCGUUCCGGAGCUCGCCAGCCCUGCUUGGUGGGAUCUUCAUCGCGAACUAGUCGUUGCCGAUAUGAGUAUGAUCAUUCAAUACCUAGUUCUUGGAAUUGUAACUCUGCUCCGAAUGUGGACACCUGCAUUUAUCGUACGAGUAUAUUACUAUAUAUGUGACAAACUCGGGAAAGAAUCGAGAUUAUUGUCUUCUCCAAGAGAUGGGAUGAAUCAGGACAGUUUCAGGUGGGUACCUGAUAUCUACCUAAUAGGAGAUCCUGCAAAUCUCAUGCAAUACACGGCUGUGUACGCAUAAAUACGCACCACACAGCCGAUCCACGUAUCUACCAAGGUGUACGACCCCUAUUUCAAUAUUGAAAUGGUUUGGUUGAUUUAGGCUUGAGAUUUUGAGAUUUAAUACGGCCAAUUGCACUAACAUGAACGAGAAGUACGGUAGUCUAUAUACAAUAUGAUGCUGAGGUGGCAGCACGUUGACCAAGGCUGUGGUUUCGUGGCUGUCUCCCAGACCAUACGAUAGGUGAGCAAAUGGGGUCUCAACCACAUAUCGAAGACAGGAAAAUAUCAAUACUUAAUACUUUAAAAUAUAUAUACAUUCGUUCGUAUGAGCUUUUACUUUAAUUGUCA